UAGGAAUUCCGACCCGCCUCUGACUCACACAUACAACCCCAAUGUUUAUCGUAAAACCUAUUUUUUUGGAUUUUCUAAUUAAAAAACUUUUUUUAUUAAUCUUUAGGCCUUUUUCCAUUAAAAUACUUGAAUGUUAUUAAAUUUAUUUUUUAUUUUUAUUUUUCUUUUAAUUUUCCCCCCAUUCUCUCAAUCUGACCCAAAUUUAAAAUUAAAAAAAUGUUGUCAAAAAUUGGUAAAUGAUGAUAAAGAAUGUGUUAGACGAUUUUGUGAUUUUGAAGCAAUAUCUCAAGCUAAUGUAUUAAAUUAUCUGUCAACGUGCACUGACAGGGGAGAGACGGUAGGGCAUAUGUGGGACUGUGCGAGUUCUCGUAUUGACCACACAGAAUGUUGUAAAGAAAAAGGAGUAAGCGGAAAAUGUUUGGAAUAUUGUGCAGGUGAUUUUUUAUUAUCUGAAAAUUUACUGUCGUAAGAAAAUUUUGUGUUCGGAUUAUGUUCAGUUGGAUGUUUGCCACCACCACCACCCCCCUGUAUAC